ACUGCUAAAAUGUUGUUGAAAUGAAUACAGCAGUUUUUCGUGGACAAAUAUAAAUAUCAUGGCUAAGGUUAAAUAAAAAUAUUUGUUAUAUGUCUGUAUAUUUCUGACGUCCUACACCAUCACUUUCUUUGCUAAAUGAUGAGCAACACCAACCUUUAGUGAAUAAAAUUGUCGUUUCUAUGAAUACGAAACUACAGAAUAAUGUUUCGUUCCUAACUUUAUUCCGUCCAAAUUAGAGACAUUUCCAACAACCCACGUCUCGUCGGAAGAAGUCUUGCUUUGAAUAGAAUAAAGUUUAGUUAGAGUGUCCUUUCUCAAACUGAUGACAUCUGAAGACAAAGUAGACCAGCACAUAUUUAAAGACAUAUUGAAACUAGAGACAGACUUAGUUGUUCUGACAGUUUAUUGUCAGAACUUGCGAAAUAAUUCUGUUGAUUGCCUGCUUAUUGUUUGAUAAACUUCUUCUAUUACUGGGACGGAUCCAGUUUUAAACUGACAUCGAGAGGAGCCAAUUCAAUAGAGAUGGUUGUUGCUAAUGAACCGUGGAAAGAAAUCUCUACAACAUUCUUUAUUAUGUCGAUGUGGAAAAUCUAAAUGAAGGUUUGUUGUGAAAUAUAGAAGUUGUGUUGAAGCUGUCAUUGUCCAGUCUGACUCGUGACAUCUUCGUCAUUGGCUCUGUAUUAAUAUAAUAUUGGAUGACAUUGCCAUAAAAGAAUUUGAGUUUACAGUAUCUUCAAAUCGCAACAAAAAUAGAGUUGAUGGAAAUAUAGCUGAAAAUAUAACAAGAAAAAGUAAAAUAUCUGUGAUGAGAGAAGGAAAAGGAUGGCAGAUAAACUAUGUAGAAGACAGCCUGAUAGUAUUCAUUUUCUCAGUGAUGAAAAGAAAGAGGAAGUAAAAACAUGUUAUCAGUGUGAUGUCUGUAAAAAGACAUUCUCUUGGGAAAGUAACCUAACUGUUCACAAACGAAUUCAUGCAGGAGAGAAACCAUAUCAAUGUGAUGUUUGUGGUGGUUCAUUCACUCAAAAUGGUGACUUAACUAAACACAAACAUAUUCAUAGUAGAGAUGGACCGUAUCAGUGUGACAUCUGUGGUAAAUCAUUCUCUGGAAGGAUUCAUUUAACUAGACACAAACACAUUCAUAUGGGAAAGAAGCCAUAUCAGUGUGAUGUCUGUGGAAAAUCAUUUUCUCAAAUAGGUCACUUAAGUAGCCACAAACGUGUGCAUACAGGAGAGAAACCAUAUCGCUGUGAUAUCUGUGGUAAAUCAGUCUCAACAAAUAGUAAAUUAAAUAUACACAAACGUCUUCACACAGGAGACAAACCAUAUUCCUGUGAUAUCUGUGGUAAGUCAUUCACUAAUAGUAGUCACUUAAUUUCUCACAAAAACAUUCAUACAGGAGAGAAGCCAUAUUGCUGUGAUGUUUGUGGUGAAUCAUUCUCUCGAAAUGGUGACUUAACUAAACACAAACGUGUUCAUACUGGAGAGAAACCAUAUCACUGUGAAGUCUGUGGUAAAACAUUCUCUGCCAGUAGUGCUUUAACUAUACACAAACAUAUUCACACGGGAGAGAAACCGUAUCACUGUGAUAUCUGUAAUAAAUCAUUCUCCCAAAUAAGUCACUUAAGUAGCCACAAACGCAUGCAUACAGGAGAGAAACCAUAUCAUUGUGAUAUCUGUGGUAAAUCAUUCUCUGAAAGUAGUGUCCUAACUAAGCAUAAACGUAUUCACACUGGAGAAAAACCAUUUCAUUGUGACAUUUGUGGUAAAUCAUUUUCUGUAAAUAUUAACUUAACUACUCACAAACGUAUUCACACAGGAGAGAAGCCAUAUCACUGUGAUAUCUGUGGUAAAUCAUUAUCUGUAAGUAGUCACUUAACUACUCACAAACGUCUUCAUACAGGAGAGAAACCAUUUCAUUGUAAUAUAUGUGGUAAUUCGUUCACUAAUAGUAGCCAUUUAAAUGCUCACAAAUACAUUCAUACAGGAGAGAAACCAUAUCACUGUGAUAUCUGUGGUGAAUCAUUCUCUCGAAAUGGUGACUUAACUAAACACAAGCGUGUUCAUACUGGAGAGAAACCAUAUCACUGUGAUAUCUGUGAUAAAUCAUUCUCUGAUGGAAGUAACUUAAUCAAACAUAAACGUAUUCAUACAGGGGAGAAGCCAUAUCACUGUGAGAUCUGUGGUAAAUCAUUCACUGGAAGUCGUCACUUAACUAUUCACAAACGUCUUCAUACUGGGGAAAAGCCAUAUUGCUGUGAGAUCUGUGAUAAAUCAUUCUCUGCAAGUAGUUACUUAACUAAACACAAACGUAUUCAUACAGGAGAGAAACAGCAUAACUGUAAUAUCUGUGGUAAAUCAUUUCCUCAAAAAUGUCAUUUAACCAAACAUAUAACUCUUCAUCAUACAAAACAGUAUUAAUAUCAUAAUUUGGAUUGUAUUAAAUAAGGUACUGCUUGUAGACCAUUAUAUUUUUGUGGAUCAAAUACAUUUUUCCUUUUUCUUGUUGUUUUAAUUGGUAAUUCCAUAAAUAUUGAUACUUUUCCAUGCAGUAAAUUUUGUAAUUCUACCAAAACACUGCUUGAAUUUCCUACAUGUGAAAGUAUCAAUAUUCACAAAUAUUAAUAUUGAUAUUUUCCAUUAGUGAUACUAGUUGUUGAAGUACAGAAAUUAGUAAAUUACUUUUAAUGAUGGAACUCAAAGUAGAUUAAAGCUCUGAAUAAGAAUGUGUAGAAUACUGGGCUAAAAAAAACCCUUGGAUGGGGAAAAAAGUGGAAGGCUACCUGUGAUGUAAACACAAAUUAAUAUUUUUUCAUUUAUAAAUUCUGUUAAUGAAAUUCACUUUUUAACUUCUUGUUGGUAAAUAUUUCAAUUUUAUGAAUAGCAAGGAGGAAGAAGACAAAAUUGAUUUGAUGAUCAAAAUGUUGGUAAUAUACUGUAUCUAUGAUAACAGGGUGGUAACAAUACCCGAACACUUAAUUUUUCUAUAACUUCAUCUAUAUCUUCAUUGGCAAGGUAACUGUCCUCUGAUAUUUUCAAUAAAAUUGUUUUAUUCUAUCAAAAUAUUCUUCCAGAUUUCAUCUCACUUAUUUCCUGAAGGGAGAAAAGGCACAUUUGGUUUUUACUCUCGGAGUGGUUGGCGUUAGGAAGGGCAUCCAGCUGUAGAAACUCUGCCAAAUCAGAUUGGAGCCUGGUGUAGCCUUCGGGCUCCACCAGUCCUCAGUCAAAUCGUCCAACCCAUGCCAGCAUGGAAAGCGGACGUUAAAUGACGAUGAUGAUGAUGAUUGUGGGUAAAUAACUGAGGAACCUAUUCUCAUAAGCCAUGUUAUAACAUCCCUGUGUAGUGGAUCUUGCAAGCAUGAGGUGGAUUUGAUCCUAGAUAGCCAAAUUUAAAUUAACACUUCAACACAUCUUUUCUCACAGUGGAACAAUGGUUUUGAUGAGUGACAGUAAUUACAUUUGCCAGAUGCCUUAUCUAAGCAAAAUAAGAUCUUCACCACUUGACCCUUCUAACCCCUUAUAAGCCACCAAAAGCUAGAAUUAAAAUAUCACAGCACCACCAUUGUUCUCAACAACACGUCUAUCCUUCUGGAUAGUUAUAAAAGCAAGAACCCCCAAGCAAAGGUCACUUGGUCAGUUGGUGAGAACUACCAUCAGUUACUACCACUAGAAUCAUGGCCACAAGCAGGUAGUUACUAAAGACAGACGACCAGAGGGGAAAAAGAAAGAAGUUUACAAUCAGAGACUAUAUGAAACAACAUCCCACACUCUCUCACUCUCACUAGCUCACUUAUUUUCUCUUACAACAUCACUGUAUCUCUAUUUGUGGAUUACUACUAAAAGAAUGUGUACACAAAAUAUACAAGGAAAAUCUAUGACAGCUAACUUUACUUUGCAUGCUUUACAAUUUCAUCACCUGCCUGUCAAGGCAAGGUAUUGUAUAAUGUAAUGGUAAAAUAAAUAUUUUCUUCACAACUUCAA